GCUUGCCCCCGGGAGCCGCCGCUGCAAAGCCAGGCUGGGGCUGCCGGGCCCGGCCAGCGCCCUCUAGGCAGCGGAAGUGGAGCUUGCUUUACAUCCGUCCUCCCCGCCUGGCGGAGUUGGGAGAAGGCAGGCUGGGGGGUGUGGAAAAAUAAAAGGAAAAGUCCCUGCACCAUGUAGAUCAGCGCCCCGCAGCCUGGCACCCCGGCCGGCCGGGGGCCUCCCAGUCUGCGGCCAUGAACGCGAGCAGCGAGGGCGACGGCUUCCCGGGCUCGGUGCAAAGCCAAAAGAAGAGGGAACCAGUGCCAAUCACGUCUGAUCCCUUUUUAUCAUGGAAGCCAAACUUCCCAGAAGUUCCCAAGCAUUUCCAGGUGGUACAACAGUGCUGGUUGAGCUUACUCCUGACAUCCACAUCUGUGGCCUCUGCAAGCAGCAGUUUAACAACCUGGAUGCCUUUGUAGCCCACAAGCAGAGUGGCUGCCAGCUGACCAGCACGUCCGGGGCAGCCCCCAGCACAGUCCAGUUUGUAUCUGAAGAAACAGUGCCUGCCACCCAAACUCAGACCACCACCAGAACCAUCACCUCAGAGACCCAAACGAUCACAGUUUCAGCUCCAGAAUUUGUGUUUGAACAUGGCUAUCAGACAUACCUGCCCACGGAAAGCAAUGAAAACCAGACAGCCACUGUCAUCUCUCUGCCUGCCAAGUCACGUGCCAAAAAGCCCACAGCCCCACCUGCUCAGAAGAGGCUUAACUGUUGCUAUCCAGGUUGCCAGUUCAAGACUGCCUAUGGCAUGAAGGACAUGGAGCGUCAUUUAAAAAUUCACACUGGAGACAAGCCCCACAAGUGUGAGGUCUGUGGCAAGUGCUUCAGCCGGAAGGACAAGCUGAAGACCCACAUGCGCUGCCACACAGGUGUGAAGCCCUACAAGUGUAAGACGUGCGACUACGCCGCAGCUGACAGCAGCAGCCUCAACAAACACCUGCGCAUACACUCGGAUGAGCGGCCCUUCAAGUGCCAGAUCUGCCCCUACGCCAGCCGCAACUCCAGCCAGCUCACCGUGCACCUGCGGUCCCACACAGGGGACGCCCCCUUCCAGUGCUGGCUCUGUAGCGCCAAGUUCAAAAUCAGCUCGGACUUGAAAAGGCACAUGCGCGUGCACUCGGGGGAGAAGCCUUUCAAGUGCGAGUUCUGCAAUGUCCGCUGCACCAUGAAGGGCAACCUCAAGUCGCACAUCCGCAUCAAGCACAGCGGAAAUAACUUCAAGUGCCCGCAUUGCGACUUCCUGGGUGACAGCAAAGCCACCCUCCGGAAGCACAGCCGGGUGCACCAGUCGGAGCAUCCCGAGAAGUGCUCGGACUGCAGCUACUCCUGCUCGAGCAAGGCGGCGCUGCGCAUCCACGAGCGCAUCCACUGCACCGACCGCCCCUUCAAGUGUCACUACUGCAGCUUCGACACCAAGCAGCCCAGCAACCUGAGCAAGCACAUGAAGAAGUUCCACGGGGACAUGGUGAAGACCGAGGUGUCGGAGAGGAAAGACGCGGGCCGCCAGAGCAGCCGGCAGGUGGCCAAGCUGGACGCCAAGAAGACUUUCCACUGUGACAUAUGCGACGCCUCGUUCAUGCGCGAGGACUCGCUCCGCAGCCACAAGAGGCAGCACAGUGAGUACAACGAGAAUAAGAACUCGGAUGUGACCGUCCUGCAGUUCCAGAUAGACCCCAGCAAGCAGCCGGCCGCCCCCCUCACCGUGGGCCACCUGCAGGUGCCCCUCCAGCCCAGCCAAGUGCCCCAGUUCAGCGAGGGGCGAGUCAAGAUCAUCGUUGGGCAUCAGGUGCCCCAGGCCAACACCAUCAUCCAGGCCGCGGCCGCCGCCGUGAACAUCGUACCGCCCGCCUUGGUGGCCCAGAACCCGGAGGAACUCCCCGGGAACAGCCGGCUGCAGAUCCUGCGCCAGGUCAAUCUGAUCGCCCCCCCUCAGCCCUCGGGGUGCCCGAGCGAGGCGGGCGCGAUGAGCCAGCCCGCUGUCCUGCUGACCACUCACGACCAGGCCGAUGGGGCCACCCUGCACCAGACGCUCAUCCCCACCACCCCAGGCAGCCCCCAGGAAGGCUCCGGCAACCAGACUUUCAUCACCAGUUCGGGUAUUACAUGCACUGACUUUGAAGGCCUUAACGCUUUGAUUCAGGAGGGGACAGCUGAAGUGACAGUGGUGAGUGAUGGAGACCAAAACAUCGCCGUGGCCACCACGGCCCCACCUAUAUUCUCCUCCUCCUCCCAACAAGAAUUGCCUAAGCAGACUUACUCCAUCAUCCAAGGGGGAGCCCACCCAGCCUUGCUCUGUCCAGCAGAUUCCAUACCAGAUUAAUACUUAAAAACCAAAAGAAAGGGGGGGAAGGUGUGACCAAAAAAAAAAAAAGAAGGCGUGAAUAGAAUUCUCUAAGAGGUUUGCUCUUAAGGUUUUUAAGGCUUGCUGUGAAACCCCUCCCCUUGUAAUAAAUUGUGAUUUUAUACUGCUUACUAUAAUUUUUUUAAAUGCUGUAAUCAUGUCGAGACCACCUCUGAAUCGCCGUGUUAUAACUGUUGUAGAACGUUGCCAAGAUGAUUCCAGUUAGGGGUUGGAAUUAAAUGCAUUGAGUAGUGAAUACAUUUGUUUUGUCCAGCUUGAUUUCCCAGUUCUGAGAAGGGUUUUUUCCAAUCUAGUGAAAUUUAUGUGGGAGACGGGACUUCCCAACGUCUCUUAAGUCACCAUCCUGAAAUAUUACCCCCGCCCCCCCAAAAUCUGGGCUUAUUAGUGUUUUAGUACAUGGAUACAAAUCUGUUGGCAUGAGGACCAUUUUCUACAUGAUGUUACGUGGAUACUUGACACCCCCCCGAAAAAAGAUGUUUAGUGCUAAUGAGAAAAAAAGGAAUGGUUUCCUAAUAAAUUGAUAUGUGAGUAAAAUA